CCCGAAUAGAUAAAAAAAAACCUCAAGGAAGGAUCAGUGUACUACGAAGACUAAAACUUACAAAAAGAUAAAGCCCCUCCAUGAGCUGACCUUUUUAGCCAGGUUAGUCGUAAAAGCAACCCCACUUCUUCUUUUCUCUCUUUCUCGAACUGAAGUCUCGAAUCUCAGUCAACUCCAGCUAGCCACGAGUCCACGACCACCCUCUCCAGCCUCCCUCCACCACACCGAUUGGCUCCAAGCUUUGCGCAAUGGAUGCUACAGAGCAAGAUUUUAUGAACCUUAGUGAUAGAGGGUCAGUGAAAGUUACAAUGGGAAAAUAACCUGAUCUAGGAAGUGAAAACACAGAAGAUACAAAUACAAGUCCCGCAAAGAAAAAGGUUAGAGUGAUCAAAGUAGGUAAGCGACCACUCAGGUCUCCAAUUUAGAAAAGUUUCAAUAAAUUGACUACUAUUUUUUAAAAUAGUAAAAGUUGUGCGCAAUGUAAAUUGACUACUCUUCCUCCUCAUCAUCGGCAACAAUCCAAGCAUCCCAAGCAAUCCAAUCCAACAUGACACAAGAGAACUCAUCAGCGUCUGAUGCUCUUCAUCUGAAUGUGGAUGAUUUCUACUUUUCCGCACUCUUUGAUGAUGAAACUUACGACGAGUCUGAGCCAGUUUCAGAUUCCAAGUACGCACAAGAGUUGCAGUUCCAAGAGGCUCUAAUGUCCUCUUCUGCACUCACCUCCCAAUCCACCCACAAUGACGGUUCCUCUUCCUCUUCAUCAUCAGCAACAAUCCAAGCAACCCAAGCAAUCCAAUCCAACCCAAUCCAUGAAAUCCUAUUCCCAAUUCAGGACACGCGUGAGUCUGGCGAAUCGUUGUCACCACAACCAUCAACACAAAUCCUUUGUGGGAUUUGUGUUGAAAUGAAAGAGGCUGACGAGAUGUUUCGAAAUGAGGGCUGCGUUCACUCCUUCUGCGCUGAUUGCAUAACCAAGCAUGUGGCAUCCAAAAUCCGCAACAUUCACGUAGUUUUGUGCCCCGGCUUGGACUGCAGGGCUGUGCUGGAACUUGAUACCUGUAUGCCAAUGCUUCCCAAAGAAGUCAUAGAAAGGUGGAAUGAUGCCCUUUGUGAAGCUAUGGUUUUAGGGGCACAAAGACUCUACUGUCCUUUCAGCGACUGCUCAACAGUUUUGAUGAUCGACAACGAAGGUGAGGAGGCUAUAAGAGAGUCGGAGUGUCCCAUUUGCCAUAGACUGUUCUGUGCACGAUGUCAAGUCCCUUGGCAUCCAGGAGUUGAUUGUGAGGAGUAUCGGAGGCUUAACGAGGACGAACGAGGGAGGGCGGAUCUUAUGGUUAAGGAACUUGCAAAGCAAAAGAAGUGGAAGCGGUGCCCUAGGUGCAAAUAUUAUGUGGAGAAGACUCAAGGUUGUUUGCAUAUUACUUGCAGGUGCCAAUACCAGUUCUGCUAUGCGUGUGGAGCAGAAUGGACAAGUACUCAUGGUGGUUGCCAGUGAGAUUAAGUUGCGGAAGGCACUCGGAUUGAAGGCGUGUUACUUGUUUUAUGAUGCUAGAACUUUUAUUUAUAUACAGAAUCAUCAAAAGUCCAGCAAUACGAGGGGACUUUUGCUAGUAGAUUUGCUUCCUAGAUAUUUGAGGUUGUGUGAUGUGCUAACAUUGCUUUGAAUUCCCUUAUUAAUGUUAUGGAGU